CGGGCUCGGGAUGCUGAGCGGCGGCCGUGGGCAGUAAAACCGCAUCUCUGAGCAGCUCGGUGCGCCUGCGGGGCGGGGUGGGGCGGGGAAGAGAGAAGCGGGGAGGGAGGAGAGAGGAGGGGAGGGCCGGCCGUGCGGCACGGAGGGCGGGAGCUGAGCGUGCGCCGGGAGCGCCCCGUGAGCGGGGCCGGGCGGGGGUUGCACAAGGAGGCAGUUCUUGCAGGACCCAGUGGCUCUUGGAUGCCCCUGGAUGCUUUGGAGACUCAUGCCAACUUGAUGCAUGCGAGACACAGGUGAAACUGGGCACAACUGGAGAUGGGGUGUUUGUAAGCACCUUGGCACUUGCCAUGCACCCAACAGAGACAGGUGACAGUAGCUUCUCCCGCUCUGCUGUGCAGACCCUCUCUCGGAGCCACUGCCGCAACAUCAAACAGAAGAUCUCCCAGUGGGAAGGGAGAACACAAGGCUGCUCCAGCAAGGAGAAACAGCAGCUGAAUGAUUUUGGAGUAAAAUAUGAUCCAGGCUGCGAUGUUCUGUCCAAAGUGAAGCUUGAAGAUAUAGAGAAGGGCAGAAAGGCUGGGUCUAAAGAUCCAAAGAACUUGGGUUUGGACUUCAGGGAAAAUGCAAGGAGUUGCUUGCAAACUGUUGACUGUGGUGACCUCAAGUCCUGUGCGUGCAGCCAUGCUUCCCAAGCCAAGGAGAAUGGAAAAUGGCAAGCAGGUUUCCCAGACCCGGGGGAGGCACUGCCUCCAGGCAACUUCUACACUUUGCAAGGGCUGUGGAGGAAAGUAGAUCCUAGCACAGCCCUGCCAGUUCCUGUGGACCUUCAGAAGAAGUGGGGGAACUGUGGCUUCACAGAAAGAGAAUGGAAAGCCAAAGGAGUGGAAUUGUUCUGCGGCGCAGAGAGGAAUGUGAAAAACUCUUACUUGGAGGCUGUGGAGCAAGAGGAGAAGUUGGCUGCAGUCCCACCACCCAAACCCCGUAGGACUUUCCGCUACCUUGCAGAAAACUGUGCCAGCAGCUGCAGUGAUGCCAGUGCUACCAAGGAAUCUCCCCUGGAAAAGAAACACGGAGGAGAUCUGGUUUCAUUUUCUAACAAUCUUGAGAAGAGAACGGUCAGCAGGAAGAUCCGAGGAAGAGUCCAGAGGAAAUCCUUUGAGUUUGAGGACAUUCAGGGCUUCCGCAAGUGGGUGUCUGCCACCAGGGCCCAUAAACUUCAAGAAGAAACAGAUGGCACUGCAGGACCCAGGCUCAUCUACACACAGUCAGAAGACAACAUCUAUGAGGACAUUAUCUGUCCUGCAAAAGAGAACCCCUAUGAAGAUAUCAGAGUGCUGCCUUUACCCCUAUGGAAGGUCCCAUCUGUUUGGAAAUUACCAUCUUCCCAAAGCCCUAGUAGAGCUCCAAAGCUUCCUCCAAAACCUUCCUUCCUCAGUCGCAAAACUUUUGAGCUAAAGCCUUCCCUGACAAGUUUGCAAGGGAAAAUUGUGAAGGACACGACCUUGCCUGUCACACUGACCGACUGGAAGCUGUUCCGAGCAGUAGAGGCUACUAACAGGAGAAAGAACUUGCCCUGGAUGGUGCUAAAAAUACAGGAGAUCUUUGUUUCUAAGCGUGGGAAGAAGAGGGUGAAGUUGCUCAGUCCUGCUGGGAAGGAAGUGCCUCCAACAAAAGGUGAAACCAGUGGAAAUGAAAGUGAUACGGAAAACCAGCCAAAAAGUCGACACAGGGGCCUCCUACUGGUGCAGUCAGCCUCCAGGAGGAACCCACACUACCAAACAUUGGAGAGAGAUUUAAUAGAGCUCCAGGAGCAGCAGCUGUUUGAGCUGUUUGUGGUGGUGUCACUACAGAAGAGGGCAUCUGAGAUAAAAUACACACCACAAAUCAUACAGCAGUUUCCCAGCAAGCCUGAACAUCGCUUCAGACAGUCAAAGGAUACUGAAGAGAGGCUAAAGGUCAUUCCCAAAUUCUGCUUUCCAGAUCCCAAAGACUGGUUUCCUGCGUCAGACCUUAAAAGUGAAACAUUUUCUUUUGUGUUGACGGGUGAGGAUGGCAGCCGCUGGUUUGGAUACUGCAAGAAGCUCCUGCCAGAAGGGAAAGGGAAGCGCCUUCCUGAGGUGUACUGCAUCGUCAGCCGCCUGGGCUGCUUCAACCUCUUCUCCAAGAUUUUAGAUGAAGUGGAGAAAAGGCGAGAGAUGUCCCCAGCCCUCGUCCACCCAUUUAUGCGUAGUGUAAUGGAGGCACCUUUCCCUGCUCCUGGACGCACUAUUACUGUGAAGAGCUUCCUGCCAGGAGCAGGAAAUGAGGUUAUGAAACUCUGCCGUCCGUCGGAUUCUCGACUUGAACAUGUUGAUUUCGAAUGCCUGUUCAGGUGCCUCAGUGUCUCUCACAUGAUACGGGUCUUUGCCUCUCUCCUGCUGGAAAGGAGAGUGAUCUUUGUUGCUGACAAUUUAAGCACCCUGUCUAAAUGUGGCCAUGCUGCAGUUGCAAUACUUUAUCCCUUCACUUGGCAACACACGUACAUACCAGUGCUACCAACUUCUAUGAUUGAUAUUGUGUGCUCUCCGACUCCAUUCUUAAUUGGCAUUCUCUCCUGCUCAUUACCACAGCUCCAAGACCUGCCUGUAGAAGAGGUUCUGAUUGUUGAUCUUUGUGCUGACAAGUUUUUGCAAGAGGUAUCGGAUGAAGAAGAAAUCCUGCCUCAUAAACUCCAGGCUGCACUUGUCCAAAUUUUGGAGGAGAGAAAUGAAAUCUUGUCACAUGAGCAGAGCUGUACCCAAGGUGACGUGCCUCUUAACUCCCUGGUUUCUGAAGCUUUUGUGCACUUCUUUGUGGAGAUUGUUGGUCACUAUUCCCUGCACAUGAACGUUACAGAAAAAGGAGAGCGAGUGUUCCAGCGGGAGCCAUUCCGUAAAUCCCACACGUCACGCAAUGUGCGCCACUUCCUGCACUUCUUCAUGGAGACACAGAUGUUUGCAGGGUUCAUACAAGAUCGAGAGCUAAGUAAGAGUGCUGUCAAAGGCCUUUUUGAGGUCCGUGCCUUGGAGUAUUUGGAGAGCAUUCCAGAGACUGAGCCGACCGGGAUGAACAGAAUCCUUCGCACUCUUGGAAGUAAGAUGAAAUUUCUCCAGAAGAAAUGAACGUGCGCUGUCGUAGAACGGCAGAGAGCCGCGAGGAGGCGGGUGGAGAACCAACGCCUGCCCGGAGCCGGACUGGCAGCUCCCACCACAUCUGAGGCGGCCGCGCCGGGCCGCCAUAACAAGCAGCAGUGCCGCAACGAACUUCGUGUCCUCUCCUCUCUGGGCGGGGCGGG